GCAACCGGUCUUGGGGGCACCAAACGUGGUUAAACAAUCAUACCAGGGGCUGGUACGCUGCGGCGAAAGACACCGAUCACAGACGAGAAGAAAAUAAUCAGUGCGGGAGUGAGAGAGGCCGCUGCUAUAACAAUGAGAUUCGAUGUCCUGCUAAGGAGGGUCCAGCGGCAGAAACGUCAGGAAGAGGCGCGACAGCGACGGUGUUUCUGUAUCCAUCCUAUCACAUCAAUCCGGUCGACCCCUGGGGUGUACGCCACGCUCUUUGAAGAACUGCGCCAUCAUCCAGAUACACUCUGCAGUUAUUUCCGCCUUUUGUUGGCCGGCUUCAAUGAGCUUCUCCAGCGUGUCGUCGCGGAUUCAUCGCCAGGAUACUAUAUGUCGCCGAAGUGUUUCUCCAGAGGAGCGGCUGAUAGUCACCCUAAGGUUCUUGGCCACUGGAGAAAGCUUCGCUUCCCUACACUCCCAGUUCCCUUGGGGAAGUCCACCAUUUCGUACAUAGUGCGGGAUACCUGCAAAGCUUUAUGGGGCUACCUCCAGGAGGACUAUCUCCCACAGCCUUCACCUAGAGACUGGAUUUGUGUUGCAGACAGCUUCUGGGAGCGCGCUCAGUCUCCAAACUGCCUUGAAGCUGUGGACGGAAAGCACAUCCGCAUCCAAAAGUCACGUAACACCGACUAUACAACUAUAAAAAAAUUAUUAUCAAUCAUCCGGACGGCCAUGGCGGACGCCAACUACAAGUUUGUUGCAGUGGACUUUGGCUCCUAUGGCCGCACAAACGACUCCAGGGGCUUCAAGAACUCUGCAAUAGGGAGGAGUCUGUAUGUCGGGGACUUUGGACUUCCUGAAGCAAGGUCCUUUCCUGAACAGACGGACCUGUGCCGGCUGCUGCUGGGGUGGCGGCGGCUGCUACCGGGGACUGGGCACCCACUUGUCCUAAUACAUCAGAGAUCAGCGUUAUUUGCCUCGUCUGGUUUUCCCAUUAUGGCUGACGAUGAACAUGGCGGUAAUACAUUUCUAAUUAUUGGGCCUGAUCUGAAAGGACCUCAGAUUGAAGAGACUCUUUACAAUCUCCGAGCAGAGAUAAGAGGGUCAGAAGGAUCAAAGGGAUAG